AAAAGGAAAAGGGCGAAGCCAAAGCUUGAGCUCUCAUGGGCGAACGAUCUACCUCUCAAACCCCUCGUCUGGUCGAUUCUGCUAUCGCGCCCGCUGGCGCAUCCACCAACGCGGCCAUUCGCGCCGCCGCCACCUCCAAGAUCCCCUUUCGCCCUCGGAAAAUCCGCAGAAUUUCUUCCUCCGCCCCAGAGAUGACCAACGACUCGCCGAAGAAGACCCUCGCCGUCCGCGUGAUUCCCCGCCCUCUGUCUUCUGAAGGCGAGGUCUCCGUCUCCAUAAGCCACCUCCGCGCCGUCGAUCCCCUCCUCUCCGCGGUGAUCGAUGCCCAUGAUCCCCCCACCUUCCAGUGUCUCAUCUCGCCGUUCCACUCUCUGGCCCGCAGCAUUCUCUACCAGCAGCUAGCCGUGAAGGCGGCAUCCUCCAUCUAUGGCCGCUUUGUCGCCCUUUGCGGAGGCGAGGCUAGCGUCGUCCCCGAUGUGAUUCUCUCUCUCACCACGCAGCAGCUUCGCCAGAUCGGCGUCUCCGAGCGCAAGGCGUCAUACUUACACGACCUUUCGCGAAAGUACCAUGGGGGAAUACUGUCUGACGCAAGCAUAGUCGCAAUGGAUGAUAAGUCUCUCUUCUCCAUGCUCACCAUGGUCAAAGGCAUCGGCGCCUGGUCCGUCCAUAUGUUCAUGAUGUUUUGCCUCCACCGUCCGGACGUUCUUCCCGUUGGCGACCUUGGUGUUCGCAAGGGCGUUCAGAUUCUCUACGGCCUCGAUGAGGUCCCGCGGCCUUCGCAAAUGGAGCAGCUUUGCGAUCGGUGGAGACCUUAUAGAUCUGUCGGUUCCUGGUAUAUGUGGAGAGUGGUCGAGACCAAGAACAAUUCCAACUUGGCUUCGCCAAACGCUGGAGCACUCACUAUGUCAACCGUAGCACUGGCAGAUGUGCAACAGCAGGAACAUAAACAAACCCUACAAGAGCAAAUGGUUGACUCAUAUCAGAUGCUUCCGCAACCUUGGUCGAAGUCCAUUUCACCUACUGGUACUGCCUAGAUUUAUCCUCUCGGCCGCUUGUUGAAAUGUGAUAUUUAUUUUGUUUCUUGCGCUAGAGUAAAAUGCAUGUUAUUCGUAGGCGUUCUGUUAUUGGUCUCAUGUGCGCGUUGUGCACUCAUUGCUAGUAACUUUCAUAUUCUGCUUUGAACUUCGUCUUGUGGUUGUUACCUUGGCCUUUCAUUUGUUUAUGUAGUUUAAUUUAGCUUCUAUUGCAGUUGCGAGUCAACUUGUUAAUUGUGACAGUAUUUUCAAUUUGAAUCUUAUAUGCAGUUUUUUCCAUCUAAAA